GAUGAAUAGAGUCAUUAGAUUUGGAUUUGCUACUUAUGAGUCAUUAAUAUAGAAAUUAAGCAGUGCUGAUAGUCCUUCAUCUAUCUUACAAAUAUUCUAACAAAAUAAAGAUUUAUUUAAACAAGAGCAUGUGGUGUUAUCAUUAAGAAUGUUAGGUAGAUAUAGUAGAUAAUUGGGUCAUGAUAACAAUUAUUCAGAAUUAACUGGAAAGUUGAAUGAUAUUGUAGAUUAAUUAACAGAAUAUGGUACAUAUUGUAUAUGAUAUAUUAAGAUGUAAUUGAUGUAUUGUUUUGGUUGAGAAAAUUUAGAUAAAAUAAAAUACCUACCAAUUUCCAAUAAUCAGCUUAAAUAAAACUAUUUUAAAGAAUAUAAUAGAUGUCAGAGAGUUAAAUGUUCUCAUUUAGAAAUAUGUGUAAUGUUUAUUUUGAUUUAUCACUUCUUAAUCAUUCUAAUGACUAAUUAGCAAAAUCAAUUGCUGAAUAACUUCUUACUACAAAGUAGCUUUCGCCAUUUUUAGUCAUUUAAUUAUUCAGUUCCCUUGUAGUUAGAGUAAAUAAUUGUGCACUUUCAAAGAAUGAUAUUUAAAUACUUAACAAUGCAGUUAAAGCAGUUGAAGGUCUUUUAGAAGAAUUAGAUAUUGAAUAAGUAAUAUAUAAUAUUUAUUUAGAAAUCUUUACUUUUCAAAAGUCUAGCUGAAAUACAAUUUUAAAAUAUAGGACCAAAAUAUUCACUUCCUAAUUUAGUAAAAUAAGUUAAGGAAUUAUUAUUAUAAAAAAUAGAAUUAUUAUAGGAAGACUCUGUACUUAAUAUAUUUAAGGCUUAUUAAAGUUUACCAAGAUAUUUUGAUUAGGAUCUUGUAAAAGAAUUAAGAGACAUGAUAGUAACAACUAUUGAAUAGAAUCCAAAUAAUUUAUCAUCAAAAUUCUUAGUACUUUUAGUUGAAAGAAUUACAAAUAAUAAUAAUUAAAAAUUCCCUUAAGAUUUAAUGAAGAAAAUUAUUGGGGAAUUGACAUAGAGAAUAGUGAAGAAGGAAAUAGAAACAUCAUUAUUAGGUUAAUUAAGUAAUAGUGUUUUGUCAUAUAAAAAAUUUGAUGAAUUAACAACAGCUUUAAAAGAAAGUGGAGAAACUAAUGUUAAAAUCCUUAAUUAUUUGUAUUUAAGUGGAGUUAAUAUGAAAGAUUAUAUUGAAUAAUUUGUUUAAAAUUAAGAAUCAAAGAGAAUAAAUACUUAUAAUGCUUUACAUUAUUUAAUUUAUGCUCAAAGAGAUGCAUAAGAACAUGUUGAAAAAUUCAUGACAAUUUGUAAAUCAGUUAUUUAAUCAAAUCCACAUUCACUUUUAAAAACUAUACUUGAUAUUAAAAUCAAUACUUAAAUUAAAUAUUAAAUAUAAGAGGAUGCAUUUAUGUAAGUUAUUGAAGAUGUGAAAUCAAAAAAAGUUGAAAUCUUUAAAGUUUUAAAGGAAUUGCUCAAUUCAUGCAUUAAUCAUAAAUGUAAAUAAGCUUUAUUACAAUUAAGUGAAUAAUCAGAAAAUAAAAUAUAAGCUAAAUUAAUAUUAAGUAAAGUGAUUGGUGAUUAGGAAUAAUUUGAUUCUGAUAAAUUAUCAAUAAUUUUAUAAUUGAUAUAAAAGGAUCCAAAGAAUAUUCCAAUUUUCAAACUUGUUGAUUAUUUAACAUAGAAUGUGUAAAAUUUAUAUGGAUUAGUAAGAAGUGAUCAAAUAUAAUGGGUUUGUUAAGUAUUAUUAAUUGCUUAUCAAAAUUAACCAUAAGCAAGAUUAAAUGCAUUAGUCAAUUUUGUUGAAAGAUUUGAAAGUGCAGGUUACACUAGUAGAUCAGUUUCUUAAUUAGUUAAAAAAGUAGCUGAAAUAUUUAGAGAAGCUAAUCCUACAAGUCCAUAUCCAGAUUCAUCUUUUGUUUAAAUAAUGAUUAGUUUUAAUCUAAUGACACCUGAAGAUGCUGUUAUUUAAUUGAAUAAUGAAAGAUCUUAUUAAUAUCUCAAAGUUUAAUUAUGUGGUAUUGCAUUACAAUUAGAUAAUCCACCAGAAAAUGUUAUAUAAUUAAGAGAUAAAAUUAAAGCUGAUUGUUAAUUUGAUGCAGAAGAAAUGAAAAUUAGAUAAAUUUAAGAAGCAUCUACUUUAGUAAAAUUAUCACCUAAUGAAAUUGAUAAAAUUAAAAAUCAAAUUAGAUUAUAAGCAUCAAAAUUAUCACCAAGAUAAUAUUUUGAUUUGGUUAUGAAUUCCAAAGAAAUUAUGAUCAUUAAGGAAUUAGCCUAUAUCUUUCCAUAAAUUGGUAUUAAAUUAGGAAUUGUUAAAUUAAUUAAAGUUGUUGAAAAGUUUUAAAAAAAUCAAGCUGCAAAUUAGAUGAUCUAUAAUAUUUUAUUAGAAUAAUAUGGAUUUUAAUUCAAUUCUACUUUUAAUGAAUUGAGAUGCCAAAUUCUCACUCUUUUGGCAAAUGGUAAACUUAAAUAAGUUGAUGUAUUUUUAAAAACACUUGAAAAAAUUAAUAGAUCUCCUUAAUUUUAUAAGACUUUCUUUGGUGAUAUUUUAGAAGCUUUGAUAUAAUUAGGUAUUACUGAACCUGAAAUUGUAUAAUUAAUUAAGUCUAUGGUUGAAAAAUAAAAUCUAAGUAAUUAUUCUACUUUGAAAUUAAUUCAUUAUUAUGUUUUAACUAAUCAACCACUUGAAGAAAUAGAGAAAGCAGCAAAAUCAUUGGAAACCUUUAAAACUAAAGAGACAUACAGAAUUGGCUUUAUCUAUGAGAUAUUAAAACGAGUAUAUCCAGAAUCAAAAGCAACUUAAAUUCAUGAAGCCUUAAUCAAAGAAGAGAAAAACACAAUUAUUUAAAGGAAAAAUCAAUAUUCAGUUGAAUAUAUUUAAAAACUUUUACAAGCUGUAGGAGUAUAAACAGAAAUUAAUCAUUCAAUAGAUAAAGUUCAAAUUGAAAUUUAUCUACCUUAAACGUAUUAUAUCUAUUUAAUAUUAGUCAAUAAUCUAUUCUAAUUUUAACUGGAUAUAACUUAAAUUAUGACAAAAUUUCAUUGAAUGGACAAGGCAUUCUAUAAAAGAAAUUAUUAUCCCUUGUUUCUAAAUAAGUAUGCUCAAUCAAUUUUAAAGAAUUGUUUGAUAUAACUAAUUAUGAGGAUAAAGUUAAAUAUUUAUAAAAUUAAGGUAUUUAAUUUAUUUAAUUUUAGGAAUUUAAAUUACUGUUGAUCCUACUUAAGUUGAUUUUAGUGAUGUUAAAUAAAUUGAAAAGAAAGAAAAUUAAAAAAAAUAAAAUCAUAAAAAGUCGUAACAUUAACAAAAUGACCAAGAUGAAACUCUUGAACAUAUAGAAGGAUAAUGA